UCGCUUUGGGGGGGCCGCCCCAGCCCCAGCGAAUUGUUUGCCGGGAAGGAACCCGCGAGGUAGAUGCUUUGAGCGGAUCCGGGGCAGAGGGAGGAGAGCUCCGGGUCGGGGGCCGCCGUCUCCGCCGCUGCUGCCGCUGCCGCUGUCGGGGAGUCAGCCCGCCAGUCCGCCAGCCAGCGCUUCGCGGGCCCUGCUGGUGAGGUCCUCCGAGGUGCAUACUGUUACCAAACCCAUUUUACGUGAUAUGAAGACUGAGGCGCGAAAGACGUGAUUUAUGCAGGCCCACACAGCUAGGACGUGGCCUGGCCUGGCUUCGAACUUAGGUCUGUCUGUUGCUAAGAUCAAACACUGUCUGGCUUGUCCUCCAAAACUAGUUAGCUGAAAGCGACUUCUCAGGUUUCUUCAGGAUGCCUGCAGCACUUGUGGAGAAUAGCCAGGUUAUCUGUGAAGUAUGGGCCAGCAAUCUGGAAGAAGAGAUGCGGAAGAUCCGAGAAAUCGUCCUCAGUUACAGUUAUAUUGCCAUGGACACAGAAUUUCCAGGUGUUGUGGUACGACCAAUUGGUGAAUUUCGUAGUUCCAUAGAUUACCAGUAUCAGCUUCUGCGGUGCAAUGUUGACCUUUUAAAAAUUAUCCAGCUGGGCCUUACAUUCACGAACGAGAAGGGAGAAUAUCCUUCUGGAAUCAACACUUGGCAGUUCAACUUCAAAUUUAACCUUACAGAGGACAUGUACUCCCAGGAUUCCAUAGAUCUCCUUGCUAACUCAGGACUGCAGUUUCAGAAGCAUGAAGAGGAAGGGAUUGACACAUUGCACUUUGCAGAGCUGCUUAUGACAUCAGGAGUGGUUCUCUGUGACAAUGUCAAAUGGCUGUCAUUUCACAGUGGCUAUGAUUUUGGCUACAUGGUAAAAUUGCUUACGGAUUCUCGUUUGCCAGAAGAGGAACAUGAAUUCUUUCAUAUCCUGAACCUUUUCUUCCCAUCGAUUUAUGAUGUGAAAUACCUGAUGAAGAGUUGCAAAAAUCUUAAGGGAGGUCUUCAGGAAGUAGCUGAUCAGUUGGAUUUGCAGAGAAUCGGAAGGCAGCACCAGGCAGGCUCAGACUCGCUGCUGACAGGAAUGGCGUUCUUCAGGAUGAAAGAGUUGUUUUUUGAGGACAGUAUUGAUGAUGCCAAGUACUGUGGGCGGCUCUAUGGUUUAGGCACAGGAGUGGCCCAGAAGCAGAAUGAGGAUGUGGACUCUGCCCAGGAGAAGAUGAGCAUCCUGGCGAUUAUCAACAACAUACAGCAGUGAUGGUGGCGGGCUCUGCAGGGUGGGCCUGAUCCCAGAGUGGUGCUUACUGUGCUGACUGUGUACUCAUCUUCUUUCCUAAGAAAAAACGCUUCUUUUGAGCAAACUGUACCUACCAUCUGCAUCGAGCAGAAAGACUUUUGUUUUACUGAAGACAAAAGAUGUCUUUAUUUUAGAUCCAGAAGAGGGGAGUUUGCUCUGAAUUUGUAAACAAGUCUUCCCUGUUCCUCAUCCCCGAGCCUCUCCUCUCCGGUUGCCUCCUGCCACCAGCAUCCAUGGCUCAUUUGACACCUUUUUAAAUAUACAGGACAAGUCUGAAACAAACUAGUAAAAUGUAUAUAACUCUUACCUGUUGUCAUUCUUUUUCUUUUAAAUUUGUUGCUAAUCUCUGAUGAUGAAGAUUCUUGCUAUGAUACUCAGCUGAGCUGAGGGCUUCCAGGGAAAAUGGAACAAAAUGGUGUUCUUGUGUAAUGGGUUAUAGAUACUGAGUCUUCCUUUCCUUUUCUCACCCUUCUGGAGGACAUUUGCCUUCCUCACAUUUGGUAGUCUUUCUUCAUGUAUUACUAUAUGGAAAUGAAUUGCUUGGUGCUGAAAUUUGAAGACUAGAUAAUGAAACUUUUCUUAAAAGCAAACAAUUCUACUGAAUCUGUCUACCCUUCAUUCAUGAGAAACUCCAGAGUGGGUAUUAAGCUGACCACUGAAGUGUCUUUAAGAAGUCUGUGUUCCACUGUGCCACUGAGAUAUGCUGUCACAUAUGCAUCAUCUGAAAUCAUUUAAAGUUUUCACGUAAUAAAGUAUCCUGGAUUUGAUCCUGAAGGAAAUCAGUAAGAUCAGAUUUUGGGGUCAUAAGUCUGUUGUUUUCAAUGUGAUUUCAGAUGGUCACCUGUAUUCUCCCACCGUUCUUCCAUUUUCCCUGCUUUUUCUUCCAGCAAACAUGAGAAGUUUGGGAGAUGGAUUAAUGUGAGUACUGGGAAUGUGAGUCUUUAAAAAGUUAGAGUGGUUACAUGUAAACAGGGCAAUAAAGGAGUUUGGUUUAUAGCGUUCCCUUGGAGUACUAUCCCACAACUGCAGUAAGAAGCUCAGGACUUUUUUUUUUUAAAGCUAGUAGUCAUUUAAAAAGUACACGGUGUUUUUUUGAAUGACUACAGUAUGGGAAAUUUCAAAAAACCAAAAACCCCUUUGGAAUGGUAGAAAUAAAAACCGGUAACUCACUGAAGUGGAUGAAUAGUCUUGCAUUUUAAAAGCUUAUGGAAAAAUCAAUUUGAAAUGAUUCAAAGAUGUCAAGUAUUAUAAGCUGGUAUUUAAGAUGCUUGUAAAUAUUAUUUAUGUUUUUAAUUUUGUAAAAUAAAGAUUUCUUUUUAACCACUGGCA